UGCGCAGCUGCCAUCAGGGACUUGACAUGUAUGCAGUGUCCUGCCCAACCUGGUCCACCAGGCCGCAAUGGACUACCAGGACCAGCUGGCCCACAAGGACAGAAGGGUGAACGGGGCGCACAGGGACCACAAGGACUCCAGGGCUUGACUGGCGAACCAGGCGAGUCGAUUGUAGGACCACAGGGUGAGCAAGGAUACGAAGGACCCGAAGGACCUCAAGGACGAGAGGGACCAGAGGGACCUAAAGGACCACGUGGUGCUCCUGGACCAGCCGGACCUCAGGGUAUCCAAGGAGAACAAGGCGAGAAAGGAGAGCAAGGUGAAGCUGGACAGCCUGGAUUACCUGGCCCUGCAGGUCUUAAUGCACCGCGCAGUUCCUUGAGAUGGGCGGACCAAGAAGCGUCUGGUUACUAUGCCUACUGCCCCAAAGGAUACGAAGUUUCCGGUUGUAGUUGCGUUGGAUGCGAUGAGUAUAAGAUCGUUAACGACAAUCUAUGCCAAUGUCAGUGUAAGCAGACAAUUAAAACCACGGCUCGUUGUCUCAAGAUGGAGUCGUAAAACGGUCACGUGACUGGCGUCAGUGGUUUGGACAUCUUUGCUGAUCUAUGUCUAUUGCACAGUGGUUAUUUUCCCCUACACAUUUCUAGUUUCUAGCUUCCACCAUCACAAAAUUGCAAUUUUAGUUUUUCCUAGGAAUAUAUAGACUUUUAUAUCGAUCCGUACUCGAAUGAUGUCAUAAAUGGAAUUAUUGAAUGCUCAAGUGACAACAAAUCAGUAUAAAUAUCAGUAUUCUUGACAAAUUUAAAAUAAAAUGAGGCCAAGUUUUAUCUGAAAUAUUUUUGAAAUGGAAACCAAGAUAGCGUAGAUUCUAAAUGACAUGACGAAUCACACUCACUAGCCAAUCAGUGAUGAGUAGAGAGGGUUUUAGUUUAAACCUUUUUUUUAAAUUAGCGGAUGUAGGUUUAUGAAAUAAACGUCUAUAUAUUCUACUACUGUAA